AGGACAGCCCAGACGAACCGCGACAGCUUUCCCAGUUCGAUGACAACAGACGACGAUGCAGCGGCGACGGCGGCAAUCUACAAGCGACUCUACCCUCGGGCCUACCUCGAACGCUUCCUACAUGAAGGAAUAAGACCCGAUGGCCGAGCAUUCGACGAAUGCCGUCCGUGCUCUUCAGACACAGGCUCAGUCACGACAGCAGACGGAUCCAGUCUGGUCAGGGUCGGACAGACGACGAUGAUGUGCACCGUACGGGUAGAGACUGCCGAACCAGAUCUCAUGCGUCCUGACGAAGGCUUCCUCAUCAUCAAUGCCGAGUUGAUGCCCAUCGCGAGCUCGCAAUUUCUGAGUGGUCCGCCUUCAGAUGACGCGCAGGUCUUGGCAAGUCGGCUACGCCAAGUGAUCUCAUCCUCGAAUAUGCUGCCUCUGAGGAAGCUCGGCAUUCGACGCGCGAAAGCAGUCUUGGUCGUCUACGUCGAUGUGGCCUGCUUGAGCUUCGAUGGCAAUGCACUCGAUGUUGCCGUCAUGGCUGUUACCCAAGCGCUCUACUCUGCACGUAUACCCGUCAUCACGUUCGAAGAGGAGAACAAUCGCGUCAUCGCUUCGGCUUCCUUACCUAGAGAGCCGCUCAAACUGAGUGAGCCUGUCCUGACAUGCUCGUUCGCUCUCUUUGGCCAGACGGUUCUGAGCGAUCCGACGGAUCACGAGAGCGCUCAAUCGAGGAGUUUAGCCACUGUCGCCCUAUCGAGAUCGGGCAUGAUUCGUUAUGUCCUGCAAAGCGGUCAUGGCGUCCUCCAGGCUGACCGGCCUCACGCUUUCCUACAAGAAUGUAUAGGCAGGACGAAGAAGCACCUCGCAAGUCUGUGGCAAACAAUAGAUUGAUAUGAUGUUGUUGUCAACAUGUAAAGAACACAUUCCGACUUUACAUCUCUGCGUCGCGGCUAUCAUGAGGACUCUGCAGGUGCUCUGAGCCAUAGCCUCAAACCGGGGCCGAGGUCGAGGUAGUCGGGCAUGCGUAUCCUUGCAGGUGCGGCAAAACUAUGGUUCACCAUCCAGCUUGCAAGCGAGCUGAUCUCCUUGGGUUUCUCGACGUGCGCCACAGGUGAUUCUUGUGGCAUGGCGAGCAGAUGGCCACCAUUGAGGUUGAACCAGCACCGUCUGUCGUCAGUGGCCUCUUGCGUGGCAUUCGUCGCGUUCGAUGUCGAGAGACUGUGCGGGUUGAGAACAGGAGCCGAAGGUGCGGUACGUAGCACCCUGACGGUCUGAUUGGUCGCUGCCGUGUCUUGUGAGCUCAUGUAUUGCUGUUGAUGCGGUUCGAGGC